AUGUCUACACGGCAAAUGUCUCCUCAGCACCAGGAGAAGGGUGAACUUCCUCCCAACAAUAACCCGGCGCAACAGAAGAGAACGCCUUGGUAUCAACAACUUGAUUGGCUCAUGGUCACCAUGGUCCUCCUUGUUCCUGCACUUGCUGGAUUGAGCACCAUUUGGGUGCCUUUCCAAAGGAAGACCCAAAUCAUGGCAUUCUUUUAUAGUCUCACAAAGGGAUUCAGCAUCACCGGAGGCUAUCACCGUCUCUGGUCUCACAAAUCUUACAAAGCCAGCACAUCGUUACAAAUUUUCUUGAUGCUCUUCGGCGCUGGCGCCGGACAAGGGUCAAUCAAGCUUUGGUGCCGAGAGCACCGUGCCCAUCACCGCUACGUGGAUACCGACCAAGAUCCAUACAGCGUCCAGAAAGGACUCUUCUACUCCCACGUCGGCUGGAUCAUUUUCAAGGAUGACCCCGAUAAGAUCGGACGCGUGAACGUUGAAGAUCUAAAGCGGGAUCCAAUCAUUGCCUUCCAAGCCGACUACUACUGGCAGCUCUUCCUGCUCAUGGCCUACAUGGGCCCUACAUUCAUUGCAGGACUUGGAUGGGGUGAUUGGCUCGGUGGGUACAUCUAUGGAGGCCUACUCGGCACAGCACUCGUCCAGCAAAGCACAUUCUGCAUCAACUCGCUUGCCCACUGGAUGGGAGACCAACCCUAUGGGACAUUCAAGUCGGCUCGAAACUGCUUCAUCGUUGCGAUCUUGACGCUUGGAGAGGGAUACCACAACUUCCACCACGAGUUCCCCUCGGACUGGCGCAACGGUGUGCACUGGUAUGAGUUCGAUCCUACAAAAUGGAACAUUUGGCUGUGGACCCAGCUUGGUCUCGUUACCGACUUGCGAUUCUUCUCUAUGAAUGAGAUCAACAAAAGCAUGCUCCAGGCAUCGCAAAAAGAGCUCGAUAAGAAGGUUCAGACUGUUCAAUGGGGUGUACCUAUAGCAGACUUGCCUGUCAUGCUCUUGGAGGAUUAUUAUACACAGGCUCAAUCUCGAAACUUGAUCUUGAUUGAGAGGAUUGUAUAUGAUAUAACUGAGUUCCAUAAGAUCCACCCUGGUGGCGUGGGACUGAUCAAAUCGGGCAUUGGGAAGGAUGCAACGAGGGUGUUUAACGAUAUGUACAAGCACUCAAACGUGGCGAUGAACCUUCUUGCUGGCAUGAGGAUCGCGGUGGUUGAUGAGGAUAUGUAG